AUGAGAUUCGUUGAACGCCUGGAACACCACUGCUUCACGGCCUUCGGCCAUAUCACCGAUGGUGUUCCUUUCCCCAAUCGCCUGGCAACCCGGGCAAGCCACAUUCCCAUGUAUAACAAUCCGGUGCUUAAGAAAAGUAGCAUGAUGCCGAUCGUCACCGCUUUCAGAUCGCUCGAUUGGCCAGCAGGGCGCAAGGGAAUCAGCGAUCGUGUUAUUGCUUUGAUGCAGCAAGAAGCUCUCGACCUGGCUCAUCCGGCUAGACUUUGCGCGAGCUGCCACUUGACGGCCAUUUUCGGACUUGUCAGGGUACUUGGUCGGGGGCCUCCGGCCUCGCAUUGGGUGGAGGACGGAACAACCCUCCGUGAGCUCGUCGCUACUUUGCUUCAGCACUUUACUGGCAGGCUGUGA